CACCAGGAGAGGUAAGGAAGUUUUGCUUACAAAGCCGUCAUUCAUUUUUGGAGGCACCCAUCCAAGGAGGAGCUACUGAGUACUACUAAAACUUUGUAAAUUACGUUAAUGGGAUAAAUCGAAAGUUAGGGUCAGCAAAGAAAUCGCAGAACAUUUCUGUUAAGUUGAUUCUGUCAUCUGAGGCGCCUUAAUCAGUUUGUGAGCCCCAUUUCCAGCGGGAGUUCGUCUUCUAUCCUCAAACUUGUGGGAUCUGACAUUAAGACGUGAAAUGAGCUUCCCCGGAGAGUUGGAGCCGUGGAUAGCGAGCUUGAAACUGGUGAAUGCAUGAUGCAGCAACAGGGAUCCAGACAGAGGAGGGACAACUUCAGCCCUGCAGAGAACUGCAUCCUCAUAGAGACUUUCAGGGCAAGUGGUAAAGGAAGACCAAAACAAGCUGAGAGACAUAAGGUUAAACACCAAUAAGAAUGCAGCACAAAGGCGAUAAUAAAUGGAGUCACAUUUUCCCUUUGUUACUGAUAUCCAUGGCUUAUUCACUGAAUGCUGAACAUUAUAACUGUAAUGAAAAUGAAUACUUUAACCGGAGUACUGGAACCUGUCAAAAUUGUCCACAUUGUCGGCCAGGAGAGCAACCAAACAUGAGCUGUGGUUAUGGUACUAAGGAGGAACCUUAUGGAUGUAUCCAGUGCCCACCUGGCAAGUUCUCAAAAGGUGGCUAUCAGAUUUGUAGGCGGCACAAAGACUGUGAGGGGUUCUACCGCUCCACUGUGCAGACGCCUGGUGAUACAGAAAAUGAUUCCGAAUGUGGGCCCUGCUUGCCAGGUUACUACAUGUUGGAGACCAGGACAAGAAAUAUGUAUGGAAAAGUUUGCCACUCCUGUUCAAAAGCACCUCCUAAUACCAAGGAAUGUAUGAACUUCACAUCUAGUGUAUCAUUUAUUUCUACUAGAAUAGCAACAGAAAGCUCAACCCCUGCAAGUCUAAACUCAUCCAGAAAAGAUCUUUCAGGACAAGGACAACUUGCAGCUGCCCUUAUAAUUGCAAUGUCUACAAUUUUUGUAAUGGCCAUCGCAAUUGUUAUAAUUAUAACAUUCUAUAUAGUGACGACAAAAUCAUCUGCUCAAGCAUGUUUCCCAAUUCGUAGUGUUAAAAAUGUUGAACAAGCCAACAAUCAGGAAGAUACGAAAGUACUACAAGAACCUGCAUUGUUCACUGAGAAAAAUGAAUUUGAUCAGCUGAAACCUGUCCCUGCUAAAACUGUAAAAAGCGAAACUGAUGCUUCAUCAGAAAAUGAACAGCUUUUAAGUCGCAGCUUGGAGAGUGAUGAGGAGCCUGCCGUGGACAGGUGGGGGGCAGCAGAAUUGUGUUUGUCUCUGGCUCAUUUGAUGAAGGAUAAUCCAUCUCCUACCAGCACAUCAACAGUGGUACAGUCUCGUAGGAAAAAAAUACUGGAUUUAUUUGGUAAAGUUUGCAGUAUAACAGAAGGUCUUGGUCCUACAGAACUUCCUUUUGACUGCUUAGAGAAGACAAGCAGAAUGCUGAGUUCCACAUACAACACAGAAAAAGCUGUUGUGAAAACAUGGCGCCACCUUGCUGAGAGUUUUGGGUUAAAGAGAGAUGAGAUUGGAGGCAUGACAGAUGGAAUGCAGCUUUUUGACCGUAUCAGUACAGCUGGUUACAGUAUUCCUGAUCUGCUAACCAGGCUAGUGCAAAUUGAAAGGUUGGAUGCAGUGGAAUCACUUUGCAGUGAUAUUUUGGAGUGGGUGCAAACAGCACCUUCACCUAAUUCCGCAGUAGCAUUUAGUCUGUGCUCUUGAUUGUUAUUUCAGAGACAGAUUUCACGAAUAUGAAUGCUGCCAUCAAGUAAUCAUGUGGAAAUAUGAACAUGCAAAAACGAUGAAGUCAGACUUGGGGAACAAAAUCAAUGCUGUUUCUUUACUAAAAUGCAAGAUGUCCUGUUCUUUUUUAAAGCUAUCUUUAGUUCCUAUAUUAAGAAACAGCUAUUGCUAGACAAUAAAAUAUGAGGAGACUAGGCUUUUUAAUACAUUAGAAAAAUAAAGCAACACAUAACUGACAGGGCACAGUUGUGUGCCUAGGAUAAUCUUUUGAUUAACUUUAUGUAUUGUAGUCAGCGAAAGUAAUGUUCAACUUCAAUCACUUUUAUGGAAGAAUUGUACUGUCAAUAAGUAAAGUAAAAAUAGUACAAGAUAUGCUGACAGUGCGAUUGUCAUAUGCAGUUCCAACCUAUGAUUAACAGAUUCAACACCCACAAAUAUGGCAAAAACAAAGGGAAAGAAUCGUGUUACCUGCUAUCCUGGGGCCAAAAUUGGGGAUUAUUGACAAGACACUAAAAAACUGUAGAGCAGUCAGAAUGAUUUUUGACAUUUCUGUUGUCCUAAUGAGGAAAAAUCACCUUAUGUAUUCCUUACUGGAAUGAGGCUAAGAUGAAAUGAGAAGGCUCUGCUUGACCAUCUAGAAGCAGGAAACACUUUGGUACUGAGAGAUCGCCUUCCAUCAUUGAAAAUUGUAGCUAGAAUCAGGAAAAAGAUUGCUGGUUUGAAUACAUGACUUCUCAACUAGUGCUAUUAACUAGGGAUUCAGUCCUUGUCCACCUUCUGGAAGGCAUAUGACUCAUCAUCCUGCUUUGCUGGCGAGGGGCUUUACUGCCCUUCCCACCACUUCUGCAGUGCUAGUUCAGAAUAGAAGAUUUUCUGCCAUCACUGUACCUUAGUUAGGAAAGAUCAAAUUGUUCACUAUUCAUUUCUGAAGCCUACAGUAAACAGUGAAGUGAACCUGACUCUCAGCAGUGUCUGUAGUCUUAGGAAGAUGAAUAAAUCAGAGGUCUUCCUAGUCCUGGUGGGUGUAGACAUCUGCACUGUAACAGAGAACUGUUUUAUUUAUUUUAUUUUUAUUUAUUUUAUUUUAACAUUUGUU